AUGCCGCCGACAUCGUCCUCUAGUUCGAGUAAAAAGGGCCCAUCGUUGAAGGCGCUAUUAACCAAGUUCAAGGGACAGCAAACUUCCUUCAAUAACAUUUCGAAGUUUGUUGAGAACUUCCCUGAGGGUACCACCGCUAGUCAGAUCACUGUGCGUUUGGAACGGUUGGAUGAUUUAUGGGAGAAAAUCAGCGAAUCCAUAUACGAAGUCGAAGCCCAUGAAGAUUUUACGGAUAGCGAUGUGUAUUUAAAGGAGCGUACGGACUUUGAAAACCGUUACUACGAUAUCAAGUCAUUUCUACUCGAUAAGGCAAAGGAUUUGCAGGAUGUCGUUCAGCUCGAUCAAUCAACCAGGGCCGCUGAUGCGACACUUCAUGGAGGCAUGGAUCAUGUUCGUUUGCCACAAAUUAAGUUACAGAACUUUGAUGGCAACAUAGAUGAAUGGCUCAGCUUCAGGGAUCUUUUCACUUCGCUGAUCCACUGGAAGCCAGAUUUACCCGAGGUAGAAAAAUUCCACUAUCUUAAAGGUUGUCUAGGAGGCGAAGCGAAGGCGCUCAUCGAUCCGCUGAAAAUUACAAGAGGAAACUAUUUGAUCGCAUGGGAAACCUUGCUCAAACGCUACAAUAACAGUAAAUUGUUGAAAAGGAGACAAAUACACGCUCUUUUCAAACUACCUACGCUUGGAAAGGAAUCCGUUGUCGAACUACAAGGGUUAUUGGAAGGGUUUGAGAGGAGUAUUCAAACCUUAGAUCAAGUAGUUCAACCAGCAGACUAUAAGGAUCUCUUGCUGAUUGAAAUCCUUAGUUCGCGACUAGAUACAAACACCCGACGAGGCUGGGAAGAGCUUUCUUCUACGAAAGAACAGGACACAUUGAAGGAGUUAACAGAUUUCAUUCAGAGGCGCAUACGGAUUUUGGAAUCACUUCCUAUCAAGACUGCAGACAACCGUCAAGAAUCUGCAGCGACAAUAAAAAAGAAACCGUGGGUUCGCGUUUCAAACAGUGCAAUGCAGAAUACAACUGGAAAAUGUCCUGCAUGUCCGGACAAUCAUCUAUUACAUCUAUGUCCGGUAUUCUAG